AUGGCUCAGGCAUCCACUGCUGUGGCGCCGGACGAUGUCCUCGUAGAGGAAAACAAGAAGGAGGACGAGGCUCCUCCCGCGACACCGGAAGAGGCGCAAGCCGAGGAGAACGGCGAGGAACAGGUGGUGUCGAUUCCAAGAAAGACCUUCUUCGUCGAUGAGGAAGAGUUGGAAGAGACGGAAAGAAAAACCCUGUUGCAGCGAAUCAACGACUGGGCGAGUAGUGGUGUGGUUUAUUUGCCCAAGAGCGUGGACAUAGCGAACAAGAGGGUCAACAUCGUCUACUGCUUCCUGGAGAUUGUAGUCCUGGCACUGACCAUUUGGUACUUCGUGCAACGGCCCGAGCAAUACUCCGUGUCCUUAACACCGGACGCUCAGGUCACCUUCUGUGGCAGUCGCUGUGAGCCGCUGCCAAGCAGGAUGGAUGCGAUGACCGAUCAGGACUCCUCGUCGUACUGUGGCUCGUUGACCUACACCAAUGGAGCAGACAGCUAUGGCCCCUUCGAGUGCCUCCGUCGCUGUGGACAUCCGAACUCCACGACGCACUGUCUUCAGCCCUCCGAGCUUCUUCGGAUCUCCGGAGAGGAGGCCUUCGUGCCCACGUCCUAUCGACUCACCGAUACGCUGCAAGCGGUGAACGGCUCCUGUGCCAUGGGCUACACACUCCAAAGUUCUGUGUGUGUAUGGCAGCAGGAUUACUUUGUGCCAGCCAUCGAGAAGUUGGCAGUCUCGUUUAAUCAUCAGUUUGUGGUCUAUCCCGUCUACAACAGCCUGAGCUUCAUGGAGCGUGCACCGCCGCUCAAGGCUCAUUCGGGCGCCUACAAAUCGCAAGGCUGGGAUGUGGGGCUGCUUUCGGUGCUCUUCAGUCCCAGUGGUGCUGAAGUGAAGCGUUUUCAGCCCGGACAAGGUGUGACUUUGACGCUCGAGGAAAUCCUGCAAGCUGCCUACGUGGAAGGAGCAGACAGCAUAGGCCUCGACAGCGUCUAUUCCCGUGCGGAUGCGGCCGUGAGCAGUCUACCCGCUCGUUUGACCGGCUUAGCUGUCCGGACCGUCAGAGCGACGCGCGACGCGCCGGACGGGACGGGUCAGUCAUGUCCAGCGCAGAUCAGUCCUGCCAUGGGAACUGGCCGGCGUGUCUUGCGCCUGGCACGAGUCCUGCUGCUAGCGCUGCCAGGGGCCCUGGCGGCGCAAUGCUUGGAGGAGGAGCUGCAGCUCUUACAAACGCAUGCAGAGGCUGCCGCGAGCAAAGAGAGUCUUUGGGCGCAGGAAGUCUUUGCUGACGCCUCCUUUUACCAGGUCAUGUCCAGCUGCGAUGGAGGCUCCCAGAGCCGGAUCUCUCAAGACUGCUGGAACUCCAAAUUCGCCCGCUUCGAUCACAACGGCGACGGCGUGAUCGAUGCCGAAGAUCUGCACCACGAAGAGACCAACCGACUCGGCGGUGGAGCGCCUCCCCACCGGAGCCACGCGCCGAUGGCGAACUUCACGCGGCAGGAAGUGCGAGCUGGCUUGGCGCUGGCCGCCCAGUGGUUCCCCGAGCAGGCGUCGCGGCUGAUUACCCACGCGACCUUGAUCACCGAGUUGCUCUUGCAGGAAGACCAACUGGGCAUCGACCUCUCCAAGGUACCGGAACCUCCAGAUCCCUUGCCAAAGCUCAAGGGUUACUUUGCCAAGGACGUGAAAGGCCGUGCUUUGUCUGCCUUGGGUACGAGUGAGCAUGCCACGACCACCGCAACAGCGAAGAGCACGACCAGCGCAGCGCCGACGGCCGCACCGAACACCACGGCGCCGUCCUCCGCAUGCGAGAUGGCCGUGUUCAAAGUUGGCACCAGCUCUGCGAACUUGAUCUUGGGAAUUCUUGGGGUCUCCACACCCAGCCAUCAGCUGAUGGAGGAUCUCCUGGAGAAGCACACCGUGGUCAUUCAGCGAAUUAUCUCGGUGGUGCAAGAGAAGGAAGUGCAGGACAAUGCUGGGGUCGCACUGAAAGUAUGGCAAAUCUUCGACAUUCUCCACGAGGAGCAGAUUUUUCGGAAGAUCCUCGAAGAGGACUUGAAGGACAUGAGCUGGUGGCAAGCAGCCCUGGUUAUAGCAAGGGUGGGCGCUACGGUGGCCUCGUGGUAUGCCAGUGGCACUGCGUUGCUGCUGCUGCAGAUCGGCCUUGCGGUGCCCAGCGCCGUGGACCUCGUCGAAGGACUCAAAGACGUCCACGGUGAGUGUCAUGUCUUCUGA